AUGAACACCACAGACCUCUUGAGAAAGAUUCGGCGGAACAUGAGCUCCUUUUCUUCGGUGGCGGAGGAUCUCUCCUGGGACGCGGAGGACAUCGCCUCGGAGCCCGAGAUCGACUUCGCCGUGCGGGAGCUGCGCCAGUACUUCUUCGACUUGCGGCAGGCAAGUACCGACACCUUCUGGCAGCGGAAGUCGCACAAGGUGGUCAUUGCCGUGGUGGUCUGCCAGCGCGAGGACGGGUCCUUGGUGCCCCUGCGGGGCAUGAACACCGAGGUGAGUUUGCCCUCAGGCUCCCUCUGUGCUGAGCGCGCCGGGAUCGCCUCGUGCGCCUCCCAGUUCUUCUUCGCGCGGAGCAUCAAGGCCAUUGCGGUCCUUGACCCUUCGGGCGAGAUCGCACCCUUGUGGCCGUGUGAGGUGUGCCAGAGCUGGCUCGCCAAGAUCCGCCAGGAGAGCCCAAGGAUCAGCGUGGUGGCCUUCCCUUGCAAAGACGACUUCAAGACGAUUCUGGUCCAACAGAAUGGCAAGGACGUGCGCCCUCCAAGAGGCAUCCCGGAAGCGGUGGCUGACCUGUUCAAGCCUCAGGAUGUGAAGAGGAAACAGCCCCCGGUGGAUGCCUUGUGCACAGUGCACUGCAAAGCAACUCGAGUGUUCCUGGCUGCGUUUCACCUGGCCGCCGUUGCCAUGGCAGCGGAUGGCGAAGGCCAUGAGAUGUGCCGGGCCUUUUCCCAGAGCCUUGAGCGGUUCCUAAGGGAAGUCCACGCUUGUUGUGACGGCCGAGUUGCAGCAAUGCAUCGCACUCCAGACACCUUGCCGGUCAUUGCUAUCCUGGCCGCCUUGGCACUGUUCGGUAGCACUUGUGAUGUGGCGGCGGCCAACGCUUCCAUGACAACGAGCUCGAACAUGGCGCCUCUGCCUCAAGUGCACGCAGAGCGGGACGCAAGUGAGCCCCUAAUGAGCUUCAGCAGCGACCCGGUGCUCUCGGCGCUGAAGCGGUACCGCGAGGCGGCAGGCAGCACCUUCCACCCCGAGGUGUUUGAGCCUGAGGACAAGGAGCCCAGGAGUGUUCCAAGCCCAAGCCCGAGCCCGCCCAGCAGCAAGAGGUGGGUUGGCUCCAGCUGCGAAACCCCCAAGUGUCAGCCGCCGGUGCUGGCUGCCGACUUCUCGCAGUUGGAGGAGGAUAUCCGGCAUGUGGUCUGCGACUUCGGCCUGGACUUGCCGGAGCUCGUGCCCUCCUGGCUCAGCUGGAUGAACCCCUGGCUGGAGCCCAGUGCGCCGGAUCUGUGCGGCGCCCCGCGAUCGCACUUGCAGAGCGGCGUCAGCGGGGGCUUCUCCAGCGUGACAGAGAGUCCUCGGAAUGCCGAGGCAGAGGAAUCCGUCCCACGAGGAGUGCCGGCCCCAUCGCCCCCGGUGUCACAGGUCAUCCCCGCGAGAAUGCUGCGGGGGCGAGCCCUGGAGGCCAUCCGUGAGCUGCCUGAGGGCUUGCGCUCCAGCGUGUUUGAUGACAUCAUUGUUCCGGAGGACGCGCUACAGGCCGGGCCCCUGCCGGACGCCGAAGGGUUGCAGGUGGAGGGUGUCUUCGCCGACCUGACAGAGGGGGGUUGGGGCAUGGGAUACCUCGGUGAGGGCUCUGUGGGGCAGACUAAGACACUGGUGCUGCAGUUGCGCUUGCAAACGCCGCUGAGCGCUGGGCAGCUACGUCGACUAGGCGCUGCCCUGCGGCGGGACGGCGCGCAGCCGCCCCGCAGCGACCUUGCGCGCGCCUUAGGUGCUGUUGCGCCAGGAGACGGGAGCUCUGGAGUGUGGGUUGCCUCGGAGCAGCCCUUCGGUGGCCGAGAUCUGCAGCCGCUGCCUGCAGAGCUGCAGCGGGAGCCAACCAGAGGCCUGGCCUGGCGCCUCGCGGUGGCGCGCCAGCUGUGCCUGGCGGUGGAUGCCUUGCACAGGUCUGGGCGAAGCCACGGCAGCCUUGCCCCGCGCAACGUGCUGGUUGCAGAUGGGGACAUUUGCCUCAUGGAAGCUGGGCUCACAGGCGCGCUGCUGGAGGUGGGUGCCCUUCGGGAGCACGAGCUCCUGGGCGCCCUGGGCCUCGGCUUCGCGCGGUAUUUGGCCCCAGAGGGCUGGCACGCGCGCCCUCCGCGGGGCGCCAAAGCGGAUAUCUUCAGCUUGGGCUUGAUCCUGAUGGAGGUUUUGGCUGGCUCCAGGCCCAACCCAGAGUGCAAGAGCCUGCAGCAGCUGUCGGCCAAGCUCCUUCCCAAGCGCGGGUGCUGGCAGCCGCAAGUCCGGUGCUCUGAGCUGCCGGAGGUUGCCCGCCGUGCCAUCGAGUCCUGCUUCCACCAAGACCCGGAGAUGCGGCCUUCGGCGCAGGAGCUUCUCUUUAGCCUCGCAGCUCCGGAGGAGGGAAUUGCCAUCUCGAAGGUCUUCAGCGUGUCAGAGGGGCUGAAGUCUGGCUCCACGGGCAUCUCGGGGUCCAGCCAGUCCCAAGACUUUGACGACUUGGCAGAGGUCGCCGAGGAGCCCACGCUGACAACCCACACAACCAGAGCACCGAGGCACAUGUCGUGGCCAACCGCACCGAAGCCUUCCGUGGAAGCCCCGCCAGAGGAGAAGCCACGGCGCCGGCCCUUCAGCGCAGAUGACGUGGAGCUGCUGCGGCCGUUGCCGCCGCCUCCGCCAGCACCUUCCGAGGCGAAGCUGGAGAGGGUCGAAAGGUCGCCCUCGUCCUCACCUUCGCCCUCGUCCUCCCCCGGGCCUCCGCCGCCCCCGCCACCCCCACAGGAGCUCCGGUAUCCCAGGCCGAGGCCAAUGUCUCGUGAGGUUCUAUCAGUCGGCCUGAGCAACUGA